AUGUAUCAUAGAUUCUCCCUCGACAAACCCAAACCAACCAUAAAACGACGGUCGCAUUGGAAGUCUCGGCGAGGAUGUCUGUCCUGCAAACACGCCCGAGUCAAAUGCGACGAAGUCCAUCCAGUGUGCAGCAGAUGUUGUCGCCAGCAGACAGACUGUGUCUAUCAGAUCAACCAGAUCAGCCAGACUCAGAUAUCGACUCUCCAGUCUGUCGAUAUCGACUCUGCCGGCACUCCAACCCCCCAUCUGAUGCAGAACUUUGCCCACUGCAUCGACGUCUCUUUCGCAUCUCCUAUUGGGAAGUCCAUCUUCGCCCAAUUCGUCCUCCCUCAUUCGGCUUCAUAUCCAUUCCUCAUCCACAGUCUGUUGGCCUUUUCUGCUCGCCAUCUGCAUCAUCUCCAGCCCAGUCGAUCGCAUCAGAUGGCAUCUCUCGUCCAUGCGCAGAAAGCAGCUCGACUCGUGAAUGAACAGCUCGACGAUGUAGGACCACACAAGAUCAGCCAUCUCUACGCUGCCUGUCUGGUCAUCAACAUGACUUCUUUUGCAGAUGACUCUCCUUCGUGGAUAUUCCAGUCUGAUCCUGCUGCCUUUACCUGGUUCAUGAUGCAGCAGGGUCUCUUCCAUCUCUCGUCCAUCCUGCAACAGCAUCUCCCCCACUCUUUCUGGCAGAUCAAACACGAUGCCCUCAUCUCAUCUCAAUCUUCUAAUACUCUAUCUGUAUCAUCUCAUCUAUCAUCUCAUCCUCUAUUCAUAGACUCAUUAUCAUCAUCUCUCUCACCUCAGAUGCAGGAUCUAUUCGAAACACACUCCGACAGCCCCUAUUAUGUCCCCCUCCAGCUGCUCGUCCACUUCCACCGCAACCCCUCCACCGAUUCUCUCCUCUCCUUUGGGCCUCGCAUCCCACCUUCAUUCCGUCUGCGUCUGCUGCAAAAAGACCCUCGAGCGCUGCUUCUGUUCCAUCUGUGGCUGCAGCUGCUUGGUCGGAGCUCGUGCUGGUGGAUCGCAGGGCGAGUGUCCCGCGAAUCAGCCGCGCUGAUCCUUCAACUCAGCCACAUUCCUGAUCUCCGAAUUUGGAAAAUGGUGAGAUGUGAGAUCGGGGAUUGUCACGACGUGUUCGCCUGA